AUGUUGGGAAGCCAUGGGCUGUGCCGCUUCUGCCUCAUCUUCCUUCUCACGAUCGUUUUCCUAGUCCUUCUCUUCUACCUCACCUACCGCCCCAUAAAGCCCCGUUACUACCUCACCGCGUUCUCUCUCCUACUCAACUCCUCCUCCUCCUCCUCGGCCCCCGGUGCCGGCGCUGUGGUGGCCUCCUUCGAGCUCGCCAUCAAAAACCGUAACAAGGAGCUCGGCGUCUACCACGACGACCUCGGUCUUUCCCUCUCUCUCCCCCCCUUCAAUUCCUCCUCUUCUGCCACCGCAGUUGUCCCCGGGUUCUAUCAGGGCCACCAGAGGACCGCAUCCAAGGCGGGCUUUUUCAAUCUUUCUUCUUCUUCUUCUUCUUCCAAGCGCCCCUGGGCGGCGGUGGCGAACGGGUCGGCGGUGCUCCGCAUCGCGGUGGAAUCGGCGGUUCGGUACAAGGCGGUGGCGUGGAGGAGCCAGCGCCACAGGGUGAGCUUGGCGGCCGAGGUCGCGAUCGACGGGGAGGGUAAGAAGACGGCGGAGGACAGGAUCCGAUUCCAUUCCUGUGCGCCGCGGGUCUACUGUGAUGAUCCAUUCCGGCACUCCAUCAUCGCCGUUGUUUUGGUUGCCUUUGCUGCGCUGAUGCUGAGUGGACGGCUGUGA